CCCCGCGCUUCGCGGGCGCGCCGGCCCCGGCGCGGCUGUUAUGGAAACCGGCCGGGCGCGCAGGCGGCGAUGAUGGGGCGGCCAUGGCCCGGGUCGGCAGCUCCAGCGGCGACGCGGCCGCGGGCGAGCGGGCCGGGGGCGCGGGGCGCUCCGAGCCGUGGGAGCUGUCCCUGGAGGAGGUGCUGAAGGCGUACGAGCAGCCCAUCAACGAGGAGCAGGCGUGGGCCGUGUGCUUCCAGUGCUGCCGCGGGCUGCGGGGCGCGCCGGGCGGCCGGCGGCGCAUCCGGGACACCGCGGACAUCCUCCUGCGCAGAGACGGCUCGGUCAGCGCGCGGCGAGAGUCCGGCGCGGCGGAGCCCACAACAAUGGUGUCACCGGCCAGCUCGGAAGCCCAGGUGGUGCAGUCGCUGGGCUUCGCCAUCUACCGCGCGCUGGACUGGGGGCUGGCCGAGCAUGAGGAGCGUGAGCUCAGCCCGCAGCUGGAGCGGCUCAUCGACCUCAUGGCCAACAGCGACUGCGAUGACGACGGCGGUGGCGGGACGGCCGACGAAGGAUACGGGGGUCCCGAGGAGGAAGAGGAGGCAGAGGGCGGCCCCCGCACCGUGCGCACCUUCGCUCAGGCUAUGCGCCUGUGUGCCGCACGCCUGACCGAGCCCCGGGGCGCACAGACCCACUACCAGGCCGUGUGCCGCGCGCUCUUCGUGGAGACGCUGGAACUGCGCGCCUUCCUCGCCAGGGUCCGGGAAGCCAAGGAGAUGCUGCAGAGGCUCCGGGAGGAUGAACCGCAGGCAGAGAAGCCCCUUGUGGAGCUGGAUAGCCUGAGGCGCACAGACUGGGCCCGCCUCUGGGUCCAGCUCAUGCGGGAGCUCCGCCAUGGGGUGAAGCUGAAGAAGGUACAGGAGCAGGAGUUCAACCCCCUGCCCACAGAGUUCCAGCUCACCCCCUUCGAGAUGCUCAUGCAGGACAUCCGUGCCAGGAACUACAAACUGCGCAAGGUCAUGGUUGACGGGGACAUCCCUCCCAGAGUGAAGAAAGAUGCCCAUGAACUCAUCCUGGACUUCAUCCGCUCCCGGCCUCCACUGAAGCAGGUGUCAGAGAGAAGGCUUCGCCCCUUACCCCAGAAGCAGAGAACUCUGCACGAGAAGAUCCUGGAAGAGAUCAAGCAGGAACGCAGGCUACGCCCCGUGGAGAGCAGGCGCUGGGAUGGCCGGGGCGAGCGGGGGUUCGGCUCUCUGCCCUGCAUCCUGAACGCCUGCUCUGGGGACGUCAAAUCCACUUCCUGCAUCAACCUGUCCAUCACAGAUGUUGGGAGCAGCGCCCAGCGCCCAAGGCCCCGGGUCCUGCUCAAGGCACCUACGUUGGCUGAGAUGGAAGAGAUGAAUACUUCUGAGGAAGAAGAGUCACCGUGCGGAGAGGGGACGCUGAAGCGAGAUCGUUCUUUCUCUGAGCAUGACCUGGCGCAGCUCCGGAGUGAGGUGACCUCUGGUCUGCAGCCGGCCCCUCAGCCCCCUGGAGGCCUGGAGUUGUCCCGGCCGCGAGCAGGCAGCAUGCAGUCCUGGAGGCCAAGCCCCCUGGAGCCGGGUUCCCUCCCCAUCAGUGUCCAGUCCCAGCCUGACCCCAGCUCCCUACCACGCAGUGAUGUGAGCUCAGUCGAGGACAGGCAGGGGGCCUCCGCGGCCCCGAACGCCAGUCACCUGUGGCUGGAGUUCAGCCACCCCGUGGAAAGCCUGGCUCUGACGGUAGAGGAGGUGAUGGACGUGCGCCGUGUGCUGGUGAAGGCAGAGAUGGAGAAGUUCCUGCAGAACAAGGAGCUCUUCAGCAGCCUGAAGAAGGGGAAGAUUUGCUGCUGUUGCCGAGCCAAGUUCCCGCUGUUGUCAUGGCCACCCUCCUGUCUCUUUUGCAAGAGGUGGAUUCUCUACCAACUGAGCUAUCAGGGAAGCCCAUAAAACUCAAGAAUAGGAGUAGAAAAAUACCCAGCAUCAAGCCAGAUAAAACGCCUGUCAUCCAAUUGCAGAUUAUCAGGCAUGUCAAGAAGCAGGAAAACAUGACCCAUGGUGAGAAAAACCAAUCAAAUCAUGGAGAACUGACCCAGAUUAUAGGAUUAGCAGAUAAGGACAUUAAAAAUUUUGAACUGCAUUUUAUACCUUGAAAAAGUUAAAGACAUGGAAGAUAUAAAGAAGUGACAAACAUCUAGACAUAAAAUGUAUGAGAUGAAAAAAAUUACACUGGAUGAUAUAUAGCAGAUUAGACAUUUAGAGUAAUGUGCAGAAGAAAAGAUUAGUUAGCUUGAAGAUACAGCAGUAGAAACUAUCUGAAAUAAAACACACAGAAAAAAAGAAUUAAAAAUGAAAAUGGCAUUGGCAAGCUGUGGGGUAACAUUAAGAAGCCUAAUACAGCUGUAAAGAAAGUCCCUAAAGAUGUGGGGGCAGAAAAAGUAUUUGAAGAAAUAAUGGCUAAAAAGGUUUUCCAAAUUUGAUGAAAAGUAUAAACCCACAAGAAACCCACUGAACCCCAAGGACAAGAAACAUGAAUAAAAUCACACCAAAACACACAAUCAAAUUGAUCAAUGAUAAAACCAAUGAUAAAGAAAAAUAAAAGGACAGAAAUUCCUAAAUUCAGUCAGCAAAUAAAAAACAUGUUGUGUACAAAGAAAGAUAAAGAUGACUGCAGAUUUCUCAUCGAAACACUAUAAGCAGGAUGUCAGUGGAACAACGUCUUUAAAGUACUGAAAGAAGAAAAAAGUGGUCAAUCUAGAAUUCUGUACAAGAAUAUUUGUGUCAAAAACAAAGGCAAAAGUAAAGACACUUUGAGAAAUACGAAAGCCCCCAGCAGACCCAUACUGGAACAAAUGGUAAACGAGGCCUGCUGCAUAAAAUUAAAAUGAUGCCAGAUGGAGAUCUGAAUGUACACAAAGGAAUAAGAGCACUAGCAACAGUAGCUGCUAAGAUGUAACUCUCCUAACAUAAAAGAUUCUCUUCUUAUGCCUCCUUAAAAGCUAAACCAGUGCUUCCCUGAUGACUUACUGGUAAGGGAUCUGCCUGCCAAUGCAGGAGACAGGGGUUUGAUCCCUGAUCUGGGAGGAUCCCACUUGCCACACAACGACUAAGCCCAUGUGCCACAGCUAUUGAGCCUGCACCCUAGAGCCUGGGAGCUGCAGCUACUGAAGCCCACGUGCCCUGGAGCCUGGGCUCCGCAAGAACAGGAGCCACUGCAGUGAAAAGCCUGUGCACCGAAGCUAGAGUGAGCCCCACUCUCUGCACUAGAGAAAAGCCCAUGCAGCAGUGAAGACCCAGCACAGCCAAAAAUAAAUAAAUGAGAAAAAAACAAUUGGUAAGCCAAUAUCUAGCACCCAGCAAGGUAAAAUUCAGUCUGCCAUCCAAACAAAGUUUAUUAGGAAUGCAAAAAAGUAAUAAAAAAUGUAUUUUGGGGCUUCUAACAGAUGUAUAAGUAAAAAUAUCCUAACAAUAUCAUUAAGACUGAAGGUGAAAAAAAAAAAAAGACUGAAGGUGAGGAUCAGAAAUACGCUGUUAUUAGUUUUUUAUACUGUACAUUAGAUGGUAAAAUAUGACUUAAAGGAAACUGUGAUAAGUUAAAGAUGAUCCUGUGAGCCCAAACACAACCACUGAAUUAGCCUUUAAGUCAAAAAGAAUAUACUGGAUUGGCUGAAAAGUUCAUUUGGGUUUUUCCAAACAAACUUUUUGGCCAACCCAAUAAAAUGGAAUCAUAAAAAAAAUCCUCAAUACACAAAGCAGAAAAAGGAAAAAAGAACAAACACGACAGAAAGAAAACAAAUCCCAAGAUGACAGACUUAAACCCAACUGUAUCAACGAUUACAUUAAACAUAAAUGGCUUAAGCCAAUUAAAAGACAGAGUUUCCCAUAUUGAUUAAAGAAAGCAAGACAAUCUGCUGUCUAUAAGUCAUGUGUUUUGUUUGUUUGUUUUUUUUUUUGGCUGUGCCAUGCAGCUUGUGGGAUCUUAGUUCCCCUACCAGGGAUCAAAUGCACACCCUCUGCAUUGGAAGGGUGGAGUCUUAACCUCUGGGCCACCAGGGAAUUCCUAUGACCUGUAGUUUAAAUAAAAGACACACAUUGAUUGGAAGAAGGAUGGAGAAAGAUACCCCAUGCCAAUAGUAGUCUAAAGAAAGCCUGAGUUGGUAUGUUAAUACCAUACAAAGUAGACUAUGGAGCAAAGAAUAUUACCAGAGUUAAAGGAGUUCAUUUCAUGGUGAUAAAGGGAAGAAAUAAUUCUGAACACUUUCUGUACCUAUCAAGAGAUUCAAGAUACAUGGAACAAAACAUUGACAGAACAGCAAGGGAAAAUAGCUAAAUCCAUGGUUAUAAUUAGAGAAAUGAAAAACCAAGGGUAGAGGAGAUUUGAAUGACACCAUCACCAACUGAACCUACGUGAUGUUUACAGAAACUAAUCCAUACAAUGGGAUGUACAUUCUUGUCAAGUACACAUGGAAUGUUCACCAACAUGACUGUAUUCUAGGUCAUAAAACAGGUCUCAGAAAUGUGGAAGGAUUCAUAUCAUACACAGUAUGUUCCCUGACCACAGUGAAAUCAAAUCAAAUGAAUACAGAGGUCUGUUGAUGGCAGAUUAA